CCUUGGAGUUGUGGUGGCACCAUGCCCGCUGCUGCCUUGCACAGUCGACUGGCACAGGUCAGACCCACCCUGGCAAUGAUUUACUGUGGCUUUGAGAAUUAUUAAUCUGCUCGAUUUAGUGUGGGAUUUGAAGACGAGUCUGGGCUUGCCGGGUCAGAGACAUUAUAAAAUCGCAAUUGCACAGAAUCUCAGAUACAGAAAAGGACGAUCGCUGGCUAACAUAUUGCCUAGACACCGGGUGACCAGGAGUACUUCAAUGCACCUGGAGCACGUGGGACGAUGACAUCACCUUGAACAUACAAGUGCUGCAAAGAUCCAUUGUACGUGCAGCUGAAGAAGAGAGAUCCAACCCCGUCCAUUGAGUUGUUGCAGAGGGGUUGCUUUGGUUGAGGAGCAAUUUUUCGUUGUGUCAGAUAGUUGGACUGGCUUGAUAAUUCGUGUGCCCAUUUUCUGACAAUUUGGCUUUUCAAAAACGGGUUUGAACACUUUUUCCAAAGAAAACUGAUAAGAUGGCAGAAAACCCAUCCCGUUUAUGCGAGGAUGUCCUGGCUCAAUUUAAUCCCAACAUGGCCACAGAAGGCCUACCGCAGGCAAAGGCAGCUCCUCUUACAAGCCGCCGGAGCUCUCAAUCCAUUGAAAUGCCCUCACGACCUCUCGUACGCCUUAGAAGUAUUGAUGAGCGCCUUAAUAUUAAUUCUCGCAGAAGUUCCAUUGCCAGUAUUGCAAAUACGUUCACUCGGAAAAACUCUAUGUGCGCCAUGGGCCCUUCCAAGCGCCUGUCUAUGGGACCCUGGGCUCAGUACGGACGAGUCAGUUUCUCAGGACUGCCCUUAUUUCAGCCAAUUAAGGAAGUUCAGAUGGAGAACACCUACAAGAUGUGUCCAGACCAAGGCUGCAGAUUCAACUCAAGCAAAGUACAAAGUGUUCUGGAGAACAUUCUAAGCAACUACCUUAGUGACACCAAAUACAGCCCAGCAACCAGUGGCCAACUGACUCAUAACCUGUCUGAUCUCAUACGCACCAAACUGAAGGAGAUUUGUCCUCCACGCUACAAGGUGGUUUGCAGUGUCUUCCUUGGCCAAAUGGGCCAGCAGGGGGUGAGGAUUUCCAGCCGAACAUUGUGGGACCCACAGAACGAUAACUUUGCCUCUGCGACGUACUCCAAUUCCUCUUUGUUUGCGGUGGCCAUGGCCCACGGAUUCUAUUUUGAAUGACUGUCCUUAAGUUCACACACGAGAUCUUCACUCACACAGAUAUAAGCUCUCAUGACCUUGAUAACUGCUUUUACCAAAAAAAAAAAAAAAGGACUGCCUAACA